AUGCCGGAGGCGUCCGCCAAAAAAGCCAGUAAAUCGGCCGCAAAGGUCAAAACUGAAAAAGUUGUCGAAUCUGCCGACAAAGAGAAGAAAGUAGUGAAACAGAAAAGGCGCCAGAAGAGGCCUUAAGGACGUUUGUACUCCCGGGCAGUGUUCACAGGUUUCCGUCGUGGACUCCGCAACCAACACGAAAACACCGCCUUACUCAAAGUUGACGGAUGUGAUUCGAAGGCUGACUCUUGGUUUUACGUCGGAAAACGUGUCGCUUAUGUCUACAGGGCUAAGCGAUUAGUGUCCGUUCCUGGACGCCCAAAGAAGAAGUCUAAGGUCCGUGCUAUCUGGGGUAAAGUGACUCGUCCUCAUGGUGCCACUGGAUCUGUACGAGCUAAGUUCAAGACCAACCUUCCCGCUAAAGCAAUGGGACACAGAGUCAGGAUUAUGAUGUAUCCUUCCCGUAUAUAAGCUAUUGUAAUACAAUUGACAAUUUUCAGUUAAAAAAAAAA